UCCGCUCAGUGAGUCCUGUGGCUGGAGAGCGGCUCGGUGUUCACAGGGGCUGCAGACUUGCAUCACAAAUGGCUAAAAGUGACGGCAGCUCGUAUUUCCGGAGGGCCAGUCUGUUCUGGAUAGUAACUGUAACUCUGUCCAUGUCCUACUACACAUGGGCCGUGUUCUGGCCACAGAAACUCCCUUAUGACACACUGGGUCCACUUGGUGCUUUCACAAAGUACCUGGUCAAGGAAUAUCACAGUUUCAUGUACAAGGGAUGGUGGCUUGCUUGGGCGGUCCAUUUGUGUGAAGCUCUGGUGGCACUAAAAGUUUGCAGUGAUAAAGGCAUCGACAGUCCAUCAACACGGCUCCUGUGGUUUGUUCAGACACUUUUGUUUGGCUUUGCAUCUCUGGCUUUGCUCCUCAAAUACAAGGCAGGCGGUCGCGCCAAACGGCACUGAGCAGCUGCAUCCUAUUUUCCAAUGGAUUAAUCAGGAGUAGAGCCUUCUAAUCAAAGCCAAAUAUAUGGCGCAUAAUUCAAAAACAGGAUUAUUCUGAUAAACCUGAUAUGACCGUGAGAUUUAUGGGCAGUAACAUAUCUUACAGCAACUUUAUGCAGCCACCAACAUUCCUUAGAGGAAUAAAGUUUUUAUAAAUAGAAGACUUUCAUAAUAACCACCAUAAAUCAGCUGGAAUUGUUAGCUUUACUGUAGAGGUUUUAGAUUUUAAUUUUAAGAUUGUAAGAUGAAAAUUGUUGUUCUGUACAAUGAUCAUGACUUGGAGUUCAAGCUCUCAUUGGGUGGGAGUUUUAUCAUUUCAGUUCGGCAGUUAGCAAUUUCACAGAGACAUGAUUCACAGACUAUAAACUAUGCCUUCACCCACACAGAUUAUUGGUGCUGUCACAGAUUGGAGAGCAGGCCACCUGAAUGGACAAUGGACAUUUCAAACAUUGGGAUAAAUUUGGCAAACAUGAGUAGGAAGUUGUUUUAAAGUUGUUCUAAACAAAAAUUGUACUCAAAUGGUUUUAUCCGACAAGCUUGAACACAAACAACGUCAAAAGACUUUAUCCGAUUUAAUAUAAUUUAACUAAA